CGUGCCGGCCGGCGGGUAACACAGCGUCCGGGAGAAGCGGGCGGCAGAUAGUCGCUGCGCGAGCCGCGGGUGGACGGGGAACAGGGCGGUCCGCAGCACCGCACCGCACGGCGGCCGGAGACGGGCCCUACCGCCGACAUCGACACAGAGACAGUGGGAGGUCCGAGACAGACAGACAGACGCCGAGUCACCAUGCAGACCAAACACAUUCCGAAGCUGCUGCUGCUUCUGGCGGUCUCGCUGAGCGCCGCCGCCGCUCAGAGGGGAGGCUGUCAAUGUCAGCCCACCUGGCAGUGCCCGCAGGCGUUCGCCGUGUUCCCCGUACGCACGUGCGUGGUGCGUGGCUUCCUGCGCGGCGUCUGUUGUCCGCAGACCACGCCGCGGCCAACUACACCGCCGCCGGCGCGCGACUGCACACCGCUGGUACUGUGUCCAGGCGCGCUGGCCAACCCCAAGGCCUUCUCGCGGAUGACGUGUCGCCUGCGGGACGGCUCGCAGGGCGUCAUGUGCAGCACCAGAGGGAUCAUCUUCGGGGCGCCGCCGUCCGUCGGUACGCGGGACGGCAUCAGCGGCCGCCGGCGCGCCAUGCAGCCGCUCGGGGAGGAACGCCAGGUCACAGAGGCGUUCAUGACGGUGACCGGUGGCGACGAGCGCGCAGCAGCCGCCUCCGCCGAGCGCGCCGUCCAGGAGCAGACGCAGCUCGGCACCCGGCUCGGCACGUCGGCGCGCGGCUCCACCGUUGGUAUCUUCAACCUGAACUUCCGCUCUAACCGGGCCGAGCAAGAUUUGGGCAUGACCGGUCUGCAGAACCUGCUGGCUCUCAGCUCCAUCAACCAGCAGGGCGGCGGUAGCACGGUGCAGCUGACCAACCGGUUCGGCUUCUCGCAGCCCGCCGACACCAUCUCGCCGUCGCGACCGUCGCGCAUCCCCGGCUGCGAGAACGAGGAGUCCAUCUUCUGCACGGCGAGCAGGUUCCGCACUGCCAACGGCGAGUGCAACAACCUGGAUAGGCCGCGUCAGGGCCGCGCGCUCACCGGCUUCAAACGCCUUCUCGCGAACACCUACGCCGACAACAUCUUCGAGCCUCGCCGGGCGAGUGUGACGGGCCGGCCGCUGCCGAGCGCGCGGCUCAUCAGCGAGCGUGUGGUGGAGACCAUCUCUAACGAGCUGAGCGGUUUCACCCUGUCGGUGAUGCAAUGGGGCCAGUUCAUCGACCACGACUUCAACCACGCGCUCAUCUUCCAGCUGCCCGACGGCGGCGCCAUCCAGUGCUGCCAGAACGACGGGCAGACCCUGCCCACCACGCCGCUGCACCCGCAGUGCAUCCCCAUCGAGAUCCCGGCCAACGACCCCUUCUACAGCCGCUUCGGCCAGCGCUGCAUGAGUCUGGUGCGCUCCCUGCCGGCUCCGGAGCCCGACUGUAUCGCGCGGCCCGCCACGCCCAUCAACGAGCUGACGGCCUACCUGGACGCGUCCAUGCUGUACGGUAGUCAGGAUGAGGAGACUGACCGACUGCGCACCUUCCAGAACGGCCUGCUGAUUGUCAGCCGCGACAACCUGCUGCCGCUGUCCAGCACACCGUCCGUGCCGCGACCCAUCUCACUGACCAACCGGUACCGGUUCCCGGGCGGCCGCGGCGGCCGGCGGGGCCAGACCACGGCGCGACCCACACCCGCGCCCAUUGAAGAGGAAGAGGGAGACUCGUGCGUGGACAGCGCGCGCGUCUGCUUCCGCGGCGGCGAGUCGCGUGUCAACGAGCAGAGCGCGCUCACCGUCAUGCAUACGCUCUUCACGCGCGAGCACAACCGCGUGGCGACAGCGCUGCGCCGGCGGCACGCCGACUGGGACGACGAGCGUCUCUUCCAGGAGGCGCGUCGCAUCGUCAUCGCCGAGUGGCAGCACAUCGUCUACAACGAGUGGCUGCCGAUCGUGGUCGGCUUCGACUACGCGCGCGACCACGACCUGCUACCGCUGCAGAGCGGCUUCUCGCAGCUCUACGACGCCACUGUGGACGCGUCGGCAUCCAACGAGUUCGCCACGGCCGCGUUCCGCUUCGGCCACUCGCUGCUGCGCGACAUGUACCAUCUGAUCAACGCGCAGGGCGCCGUCACGCGUUCGGUGAACCUAACCAGGACCUUCUUCGACCCGACGGUGGUGGCGGACGGCUUCGUCGAGCACGCGCGCACACUGGUGGCUCGCCGACCGGAGACGUUCGACACGAACAUCAUCAGCAGCGUGCACGAGCAGCUCUUCACAUCAAACUUCCGGUUCGGUCUGGAUCUGAUCGCGCUCAACAUUCAGCGCGGACGCGACCACGGCAUUCCGACGUACACCAGCGUGCUGCGCGCCUGUAAUGACAUCACCAUCGACAGCUGGAACGCGCUCAGCGCCGUCAUGGACCAGCAGGCCAUCAAAAACCUGCGCUCCGUGUACGACGACCCGCGCGACGUCGACCUCUUCAUCGGCGGCCUGAGCGAGCGGCGUGCGCGCGGCGCCCAGGUCGGCCCCACCUUCCAGUGCCUGAUCGGACAGCAGUUCUUUGACGUGCGGUACGGCGACCGGUUCUUCUACGACAUCGGCGGCAUGGAUCACAGCUUCACCGAGCCGCAGUUGGCCGAGAUCCGUAAGAGCAGCUGGGCGCGCAUGAUGUGCGACACGCUGGGCACAGAGUUCGGCGGCGACUUCAGUCGGGUGCAGCCACUGGCGUUCGUCGAGUCGACGGUGGGUCCCAACGGACAGGCAUCGUGCAGCAGCGCGGCUAUCCCCAGAAUGAACCUGGACGUCUUCUGAGCGAGCGGCGACCGGUACACCAGCUCAUAGGAACGGGGCGCCAGAAGCGCUGUCUUACCGAUGUGACGACGACAGAUAGGCCGUCAUGGUUGGAGCCAACAUGACCUCUGAAUGAGAUGCCUUGUCUCGGCACACAAAACCGGUGUUAAUGAUACACAUUGCCGCUUCAAUACGCCGACAAUGCUAAUGUAUUGCGCAUCAGCUCUUUCAAAUGUGUGUCGCGGUGUAACGAACAGCCAUGUUUCAGUUACUUGUGAAGGCGAUCAGUAUGGACGAACUGUGGAAAUGGGGACACACGGAAGCUUAGGAAGUCGAGCGACCAUUCUGGGCAGAAGGGACGUUGACUUUGUGGGAGGUUUAAUGUACCAGUCGAUUGAGUUGUGGUGUUUUAUCCUAUGCAUGUCGAUAACGUUGUGACUUGCGGCUCUAGUGCCUUUGGAGAGGCAAGCAGACCAAUUUGUAUAAUGUCCAUCUGGAUUUUAGAUGUGUGUAAUGACAUUGGAAAGGAAUACAUAUUUUCAAGAUA